UGAAUUCAUCCUCAUCAGCAACGACAAGAACAGUCAGUUCGACAAUCUUCGAGAAUCAACCUUCUUGAGGGAGAGAGGAAGAUUGACCAGUAUCAUCAGCGCGAAUCGACUUCUGAAAAGCAGCAACCAUCAUGGCACUCCGCCAGCGCUUUGCGAAGAUCAAGGAGGGAGCAAAGGAGAAGACUAAACUUUCAGGAUGGAUUCUUCCCCAGGAAAAAGGUGCUCUCGGCGAUGAAGGGACCUGGACCAAUAUUGACAUGGACGUAACUCCGAUCGAUCGCCGAACAUGGACUGCUUUCACGAUGGCUGGUUUCUGGUUCUCUGAUGCCUUGAACGCUCAGUCUUGGGAAGCGCCUGCCACCAUUCUUGCAGUCGGAUUGACUUAUCGCGAGGCCAUUGUCUGCAUUAUCUUCGGAUCUUUGUGCUGCACAGUUCCUCUCGUUCUUAACGGUGUCCUUGGAGCUCGUCUCCAUGUUCCCUUCCCUGUGGCCAUGCGCUCCUCCUUCGGUUGGUACUUCGCCAAAUUUGCUGUCAUUGUUCGUAUGACUACUGCUCUUUUCUGGCACGCCAUUCAGACCUACACUGGCUCUACUGCUGUCACUCAGAUGAUCAGAGCUAUUUGGCCAUCCUAUCUUAACAUCCCCAACCACAUCCCCGCGUCUGUUGGUAUCACAACCCAGCAGAUGGUCAGUCACUUGAUCUUCUGGUCCAUCCAGUUCCCGAUCUUGCUUACCCCACCACACAAACUUCAAUGGUUCUUCGUCUUCAAGUUUGUCGUCGUCUCCAUUACUUGUAUCGCAGUAGUCAUCGCCAUGUGCCUGAAGGCCGGCGGCUCAGGCACAAUCUGGAAACAAGAAUACCAAGUCUCAGGCGCCGCACGCUCCUGGCUCAUUCUCUCCUCACUCUCCUCCAUCACUGGCGGCUGGGCGACAAUGGCGACCAACAUCCCCGAUUUCACCCGCUACCUCAAGCGCGAGAACGGCGUCUACUGGCAAGUUCUCUUCCUCCCACUCAUCCAACUCUGCCUCGGCCUCUUCGGCAUCAUCUCCACCUCCGCCGCGAAAGUCGUCUACGGACAAUACAUCUGGGACCCGCUCACCCUCGCCGGUCAAUGGCAAGGCCCCUCUGGUCGUGCCGGAGCUUUUUUCGUCGGUUUCGCUUGGGUCAUUGCUCAGAUCGGUACCAAUCUGUCUGCCAACGUGAUCUCCUGUGCCAACGAUAUGACGAGUUUGUUCCCGAAAUACAUCAACAUUCGCCGCGGAGUGAUUAUCGCCACGAUCACGGCGGCCUGGAUCAUGGUUCCGUGGAAGAUUAUCCAUAGCGCUGCCUCGCUCCUCUCGUUCAUGGCUGGUUUGGGCAUCUUCCUUGCGCCUAUUGCAGCGAUUAUGGGUGCGGAUUAUUGGGUCGUGAAGCAUACUCAUAUCGAUGUUCCGGAUCUGUACAAGUCUCGAGGCAGGUAUCGAUACAACGAAGCUGGAACGAACUGGAGAGCCGUUAUCGCUUUCCUGAUCUCGGUCGUGCCGAAUAUUCCGGGUAUGGCAGCGUCUGUGAACCCGAGCUUGAAGCACAGUAUUGGUGGCAGUGUUUAUAUCUAUGACAUGUUCUAUAUCUGGGGAUUCACGAGUGCUUUUGCGAGCUAUUGCUUGUUGAGCCAUUUCUUCCCGGAGCCGAAUACUUUGAUUGAGGAGACUAUCAGUGGAGAUGUUGUGGAUAGUGGUGUGGAAGAGGAGGGAAGCGUUGGUGAUGAGAAGGUGGUUAUGAAGAGUGCUGAUUACGCCGUUUGAAUUUAAUGAUGAGAGGAGGUCAGCAGGGGGUCCCUUGUGUUUUGCGCUUGCAAUUUUCUGCUUGGUUUGGAUUUCUGGUUUUGCGAUAAUGUUGGUUUGGAAGUUGAAGAGGUCUUUCUGCAAGGAGUACGGACUG